AUGACUGUCCAGCAUCCAGACAAUGGGAAGACAUGUCCACUCAAUCCCACCCGCCUCUUCCAAUUCCCCCGCCCAUUCCUCUCCGCGACUUGGAACCUCUUCUCAAAGUUUUCUAGUUAUCCUGACUUGGCUGGCCCUGGCCUCUCGCCGCUCACAAAAAUGAUGUCGAUACGGCUAUCGAGGCGUGCCCUCUGCGCCCUCCAUGCCCAAAAGGCUUCUUCCUUGAACUGCUCGAGACCCUUUUCCUCCUCCGCCGCCACUGCUUCUAUUUCCUCACAAAGCCGCUUGAGCCAGAGAUCUUCCGCAAGGGAGGUACCAAAAAGAGAUCAGAGCACUGUUUCUGCCCCAUCUCCACAUGCACGGCCAUAUCCGAGCCCUGCUUUCAAUCAAUAUACCCCCCAAAAUGAUAUUUCACCUCUCCAAAACCAGAAUAUACCGGCUGUGGAUGAAUCAUUUAUCGGAAUGAGUGGGGGGGAAAUUUUUCAUGAGAUGAUGCUAAGACAAGGAGUUAAGCAUAUAUUUGGAUACCCUGGUGGUGCUAUCUUGCCAGUCUUUGAUGCGAUCUACAACUCGAAAAACCUUGACUUUAUACUUCCACGACAUGAACAAGGUGCUGGACACAUGGCUGAAGGCUAUGCUCGGGCAUCGGGAAAACCAGGUGUAGUGCUUGUCACAUCAGGACCUGGUGCAACCAACGUUAUUACGCCGAUCCAGGAUGCUAUGUCCGACGGAACUCCCAUGGUGGUCUUUUGCGGCCAGGUUGCGACAACCGCAAUUGGAACGGAUGCCUUCCAGGAAGCCGACGUAAUUGGCAUAUCGAGAGCUUGUACAAAGUGGAAUGUCAUGGUAAAAUCUGUCGCUGAGCUCCCCAGGCGGAUCAAAGAGGCAUUCGAAAUUGCCACCAGUGGCCGACCGGGCCCUGUUUUGGUGGAUCUCCCCAAAGAUGUGACUGCCAGUAUUCUGCAGAAGCCUAUCCCCAUGAGCAGCACGCUCCCCACCCAGCCAAGUGCUGCAACCCUUGCGGCGCGAGAGCUUAAUGCACGCUAUCUGGAUGCCAAUAUCCAGCUUGCAGCUAAGUUGAUUAACAUUGCAAAGAAGCCCGUGCUCUAUGUUGGCCAGGGGCUCCUUGCGCGUCCAGAAGGCCCGGAAUUGCUGAAGCAGCUGGCAGAUAAGGCCAACAUUCCGGUCACCACAACUCUACAGGGCCUAGGCGGAUUUGACGAAAUGGAUCCGAAGUCUCUCCAUAUGCUGGGAAUGCAUGGCUCAGCUUACGCCAAUAUGGCUAUGCAAGAGGCAGAUUUGAUUAUUGCCAUGGGUGCCAGAUUUGAUGAUCGUGUUACUGGAAACAUUUCCAAGUUUGCUCCCCAAGCUAAGGCUGCCGCUUCGGAAAACCGGGGUGGUAUUAUUCACUUUGAGAUGGUGCCCAAAAAUAUCAACAAGGUAGUCGAAGCAACGAUACCCGUUGAAGGUGAUUGUGCAGACAACCUUGCUCGUUUGCUUCCACAGAUCAAAGCUAUCAAGGAACGACCCGAAUGGUUCGCGCAGAUUAAUGACUGGAAGAAGAGAUUCCCUCUUUCCCUCUACGAAAGGCAAACCCCAGAAGGCCUCAUCAAACCCCAAGCACUUAUUGAGAAACUUAACGAAUUGACCGCGCAUAUGAAGGACCGUACCGUUGUCACUACUGGAGUCGGCCAGCACCAGAUGUGGGCUGCCCAACACUUCAGAUGGCGAUAUCCACGGACUAUGAUCACCUCUGGUGGGCUCGGCACUAUGGGGUACGGGCUACCGUCUGCCAUUGGUGCAAAGGUUGCUCGGCCGGACGCUCUUGUGAUCGACAUUGAUGGCGAUGCAUCGUUCAACAUGACCAUCACGGAGUUGUCAACUGCAGCGCAGUUCAAUAUUGGCGUUAAGAUCAUCGUUCUGAACAAUGAGGAGCAGGGUAUGGUGACGCAAUGGCAGAGCCUGUUCUACGAGGACCGCUUCGCCCAUACUCACCAGCUGAAUCCGGAUUUCGUCAAGGUCUCCGAAGCUAUGGGUGUACAAGCAAGAUUGUGCUCGAAACCAAACGAUGUGGAAUCGAGCUUGAAGUGGCUUAUCGAGAGCGAGGGUCCGGCCUUGCUCGAAGUGACAACCGAUAAGAAAGUCCCCGUUCUACCAAUGGUCCCGACGGGCAAGGGGCUACAUGAGUUCUUGGUGUAUGAUGAAGCCAAGGAAAAGGAACGAAGAGCCAUCAUGAAGCAGCGAUCUGGACAUUAGAUUUGCCACUCCCAUUGCACACCGCGAUUACCAGGCCGCUAAUACAUCCAAGAGGAUGGCUGCCUUGUGAGAUGCUUGCAAGUGUCAGGGGCGGCCAUUCUAUUUAUGUUAUUCUGCAUUUAGCUCUCAUUUGCUUUACAUGAUUCUAAUUUAUAUUUCUUUUUUUUUCUCUUCUUUCUUCAUUUUCUCUUUUCAUUUCUUGUCCUCAAGUUUUUUCCUCCUUGAUAUCCAUUGGCGUUCUGGGGGUUCAAAAAAAAAUACAAACCAAAAGCUGGCAAAGCGCGGUAAGAGCACAACCAAAAAUACCUUAAAGCGUUAAACUGUAUAGUCGGUUGCAUGUUCUCUGAAGGAUUGGAAAAGGAGUCGGACAUGUUUCCCGGACAAGGACAUUUCAGGCCUAUUGAUCCAUUGAUCAGCCGGUAUCUGUUCCUUUUAGCGGGUUGUAUAUAGGUGCUUUUUUUUUCCAGGCUGAUUUUUUCACGGCGAAUUUCGGCAACUGAGAUUAACCACGAGCACCCAAUUUGAUGGCAUGCAGCACAUGUUAUUCCAUU